AUGUCAGCAAAAAGUUUCAUUUUUUCAUUACGACGUUUUUUAGCAAGAAGAGGGAGCUGCAAAGUGAUUUAUUCAGAUAAUGCCAAGAAUUUCCGCAGCACAUGUGAAAUAAUUAAAGGAUUUAAAAGAAUCAAAGCAGAUCCAAGUGUGAGUGAUUUCUUGACAUCCAAAGAGGUAACAUGGAAAUUCAUACCUGAGCGUUCCCCAUGGUGGGGAGGGUUCUGGGAGCGUUUGAUGAGAAGCAUCAAGGAACCUCUGAAGAAAAUCUUAGGGAGAGCAUUACUGACUUUCGAAGAGCUCUCUACAAUAUUAACUGAACUCGAGUGUGUGCUAAAUAAUAGACCUCUAACAUACGAGAGCAACGAGCUGGGUGAACCUCGCCCGCUCACACCUUCACAGUUUUUAUUGCCAGGACGUGGUACAUUUAACUUUCCCGAGCAUUUCUUGGAAAUUUUUAACAAGGUAUCCGACAAAGAGACUUUAACUAGGAGGAGCUUUUCGGUCAAGUCUCUAACCUCUUCGGAACAACAAGACCUGACUAGAAGAGAGCUUACUAAAGCUAGUUCAAAUUGUAGUAAUAACAGGAUACAGACGAAG